AUGGCGGUGACUGCAGCUGUGCCUGUGAACGGCAGCAUGCUAAUUUCCUCUGCCUCUGCCAGCAGAGUCGAGGUUCGCUCCGUGUGGGCUCACAACCUCGACCAGGAGUUCGCCCUCAUCCGCUCCGCCCUCCCCUUUCAUCCUUUCGUCGCGUUGGACACUGAGUACCCUGGCGUCGUUCUCACCUCCAAGAAUCCCUAUUGCACCCUCACUGUCCCUCAGCGUUACGACUUGAUCCGCGCCAACGUCGAUGUCCUCAGCAUAGUCCAAGUCGGCCUCACCCUCUCAGAUGCUGCCGGUAACCUCCCCUGCUUCCUCUACAAUGAUGGCACUUUUGUGCGCUACGUGUGGGAAUUUAAUUUUUGUGACUUCGACAUCGAUCGCGAUCGCUAUGCCCCUUCCUCUGUCGAGCUACUCAAGGCUCAUGGCAUCGACUUCCAAAAGAAUAAAGCGUGGGGCAUAGACUCUCAUCGGUUCGCCAUGCACCUCGUGGCCUCCGGUUUGCUUUGCUUGGGCCAAUUUUCGGUUGUAUCCUGGGUUACCUUCCAAGGUGCUUACGACUUCGCCUUCCUAGUGAAGAUGCUCACUGGCGGCAAUAAGUUACCACAAUCCCUCCAUGAGUUCUUGGGCCUUGUUCGUUUCUUCUUCGGGGAGAGGGUGUUCGAUGUGAAGCACCUGAGUAAGCAUUGUCAUGGGCUUUAUGGUGGAUUGGAGCGGGUGGCUUCCGCCGUCCAAGUUGAGCGAGCAUUGGGCUGUCGACAUCAGUCUGGCUCCGACAGUUUACUAACAUGGCAAGUGUUUUUUCAAAUCGCUUCUCGUGUGAAUCCGGAACUGAUCAACCGUCCGGAGCAUAUUGGAGCACUUUUCGGACUCGAACUUAUACCAUGA